AUGGACGGCCCCAAAACCGCCAUUCCAGUCAUACUUGGCUCCAUGACGCUCGGAAAGCCCAACACAGCACACGUUCGAAUUGAUACUAUCGACAGCACCAAUGCAAUGCUGGACAUGUUUCAGAAAUAUGGACAUACCGAGGUCGAUACGGCCCGUACCUAUGGGGCAGGCUCAACAGAAGAAUAUCUGGCCGAAUCAAGAUGGCAAGAACGUGGGUUGGUGAUGGACACCAAGCUGUAUCCAACUAAAAGAGGAUACUUGACUUGGAUCACUUCUGAGAUGUGGACUCACGGACCAGGAGAUGUCCGUACCGGUUUGAUGACGAGCUUGAAAGCACUCCAGGCUGAGAGUGUAGAUAUGUUCUAUCUACAUGCCCCUGACAGAGAGACUCCUAUUGAAGAUACCCUUGCUGAAGUGGACAAACUCCAUCGGGAGGGAUACUUUCGACGCUUUGGUAUCUCCAACUUUAAAUCCUGGGAAGUCGCCAAAAUUUGUGAAAUCUGUGAAAAGCACGGAUACAUCAGACCGAGCGUUUACCAGGCUUUGUACAAUGCAUACCAGCGAUCGAUUGAGGCCGAGCUUGUUCCCUGCCUUCGUCACUACGGAAUUGGAGUCUACGCCUUUCAGCCUUUGGCCGCAGGGUUCCUGACCUCACGAUAUCAAAGAGAUCAAAAGUUGGAGGACUAUGAAAUUGGCUCGCGCUUCGAUCCCCGGGAAAGCCGCAAUUUAUUCUACCAUGGACGUUAUUUAAACAGUCGGUAUUUCGAUGCCCUUGAGCUCCUCCGUCCACUCGCGAAGAAACAUGGUCUCACGGAGGCAGAAUGUGGUCUACGGUGGAUGGUACAUCACAGCAUAAUGCAGAAGGAACUCAAAGACGCAGUUAUUAUUGGAGCUUCUAGUCCUGCUCAGCUGGAGCAGAACUUGCUAGACUUGGAGAAGGGUCCGUUGCCUGAUGAAAUUGUGAAGGCGCUGGAUGCAGGCUGGAAAAGCAUCUCGGGAACUUACGGAUACUGGCACUAG